AACACUUUUGCACAACUUACCCAGCUGAUCACUCGCGCCCCCUCGCUUUUCCAUUUCUCUUUCCCCAACCCCGUCACCCCCUGUCGCCUCCGUCCAGCCCUGAAACCCGAGGAGGCUCCUUCUUCCGUCUGUCCCCGGGUCUCCUAGGGGACGGGGCUGUGAAAGCUGGUGUGGAGGGAGAAGCGAGUGUGGUCCGGAGAAAGAAGGCGUGGAGAAGAGGGAGGGAGCGAGAGCGAGAGAAUAAAUAUAUAAAUAAAUACGAGAACGAAAUCCACUCCGCAGUCUCCGGGCUGGGAAACUUUGGCCCCGAGCGCCAGAGCGCGAGAGCGCGAGAGCGCGGCGCUCGCCACUCUGAGGCUGGCGGCCUCGAUUCCGGCCGCGUUCCCCCGGCCCCCCUCCGCCGCCGGGCCUCGUCUCCGGGUUCUGCCAGGCGCAUCAGCCCGCACAACUUCUGGCCGAGGCCAGCCGGCAGAGGCGGACUUGGGGUUGGAGUGUUUGUUUGUUUGAACUUCCUCGUCGUCGCCACCUUCCCUCCCCCCAACCUCCGCCCCACCUCACCCCCCUCCCCAGCUUCUGGACGCGUUUGACUGCAGCCAGGGGUGGGGGGUGGGGGUAGGGAGUGUGUGUGGAGGGGAGGGAGAAGAGGUUAAAAAAAAGAAGACGAAGAAGACGGAAAGAAAGAGCUCGCAGCAGGGGUGAAGGGAGCGGACGGGAAGCGAUUUUUGCCGACUUUGGAUUCGUCCGCGGCGUGCGCAAGAAUGGCGGCCCUUCCCGGCACGGUACCGAGAAUGAUGCGGCCGGCUCCGGGGCAGAACUACCCCCGCACGGGAUUCCCUUUGGAAGUGUCCACCCCGCUUGGCCAAGGCCGGGUCAAUCAGCUGGGAGGGGUCUUCAUCAAUGGGCGACCCCUGCCUAACCACAUCCGCCACAAGAUAGUGGAGAUGGCCCACCAUGGCAUCCGGCCCUGUGUCAUCUCCCGACAGCUGCGUGUCUCCCACGGCUGCGUCUCCAAGAUUCUUUGCCGCUACCAGGAGACCGGGUCCAUCCGGCCUGGGGCCAUCGGCGGCAGCAAGCCCAGACAGGUGGCGACUCCGGAUGUAGAGAAAAAGAUUGAGGAGUACAAGAGGGAAAACCCGGGCAUGUUCAGCUGGGAGAUCCGGGACAGGCUGCUGAAGGAUGGGCACUGUGACCGAAGCACUGUGCCCUCAGGUUUAGUGAGUUCGAUUAGCCGCGUGCUCAGAAUCAAGUUCGGGAAGAAAGAGGAGGAGGAUGAAGCGGACAAGAAGGAGGACGACGGCGAAAAGAAGGCCAAACACAGCAUCGACGGCAUCCUGGGCGACAAAGGGAACCGGCUGGACGAGGGCUCGGAUGUGGAGUCGGAACCUGACCUCCCACUGAAGCGCAAGCAGCGCCGCAGUCGGACCACAUUCACGGCCGAGCAGCUGGAGGAGCUGGAGAAGGCCUUUGAGAGGACCCACUACCCAGACAUAUACACCCGCGAGGAGCUGGCGCAGAGGACCAAGCUGACCGAGGCGCGUGUGCAGGUCUGGUUCAGUAACCGCCGCGCCCGUUGGCGUAAGCAGGCAGGAGCCAACCAGCUGGCGGCAUUCAACCACCUUCUGCCAGGAGGCUUCCCGCCCACCGGCAUGCCCACGCUGCCCCCCUACCAGCUGCCGGACUCCACCUACCCCACCACCACCAUCUCCCAAGAUGGGGGCAGCACUGUGCACCGGCCUCAGCCCCUGCCACCGUCCACCAUGCACCAGGGCGGGCUGGCUGCAGCGGCUGCAGCCGCCGACACCAGCUCUGCCUACGGAGCCCGCCACAGCUUCUCCAGCUACUCCGACAGCUUCAUGAAUCCGGCGGCGCCCUCCAACCACAUGAACCCGGUCAGCAACGGCCUGUCUCCUCAGGUGAUGAGCAUCUUGGGCAACCCCAGCGCGGUGCCCCCGCAGCCACAGGCUGACUUCUCCAUCUCCCCGCUGCAUGGCGGCCUGGACUCGGCCACCUCCAUCUCAGCCAGCUGCAGCCAGCGGGCCGACUCCAUCAAGCCAGGAGACAGCCUGCCUACCUCCCAGGCCUACUGCCCACCCACCUACAGCACCACCGGCUACAGCGUGGACCCCGUGGCCGGCUAUCAGUACGGCCAGUACGGCCAGACUGCUGUUGAUUAUCUGGCCAAAAAUGUGAGCCUCUCCACCCAGCGUCGCAUGAAGCUCGGGGAGCACUCUGCUGUGCUGGGACUCCUGCCUGUGGAAACUGGCCAGGCCUACUAGGGCCCCUGGGGCGACUUGCCCCAGCCCAAUUCCCAGCCCAACCCUAACUGACCCCUGAGCUUCCCAGCCUUGCCGCCUCACCCCCCUGUUGUCCUAGGAGGCCAGGAAAGGAGCCCACCUGCUUCUCAUCACCAGCCCCCUGGAGGUAGACAGCCAGCUUGUCACUCACCUGUGGUUAGGGAUCCAGAGUGAUGCCCUUGGAGUCUGCUCCCCACUUUCCCCAAGGAGGGUUUCUGGUCAGCCUGAGGUCCUCCCCUGUCAAAUCCCAUGGUGGCCUCUGUGCCAUCUCAGGCAUGGAGAUUGGGGCCCACCUUGAACACCUUGGGUGCCCAGAGGAGGAUGGUGCCUGAGAGGAGGUCCUGCAGCCCUUUGGACCCAACUCCAGUGGGGGCCCUAGCUAGAAGUAGAGGUGAAGCUUUCAGGGCUGCUCUCAGCUGGAUGUACUGGGAGCCAGCCCUGCAAGGAGGGUCUCUGGCUCAGUGUCAGAACCACAGCCCUUUCCUCCUCUAGACAUUGGGACUCCAGCAAAGAGGGGACCCUGGCUCUGGGGUCUUCCCAGGGGAGUCAGCAGGGGGGCAGUCUCACCCCCACCCAGGAAUUUGAAGGACUUCAGAACCCUCCCCAGACACCUCUACUGGGUGCAUGGGGAAAUCUAGCACAGGCAGGGAGACUGGGGAGACCAGGAAGAGGCUUAACCAGAGGGUAGGGGCACAUGGGGGUGGGGCUUGUCAGCCGUGGGCCCGCCGAGGAUACAAGGACCCAACUCAGGCUUCUGGAAGCAGAGAGCUCUUAUCCUGAAGCCCAAGUUCCCAGCAUGUCCACUCCAUCUGGGGCCUGGGGAGCCCACAGAACUUUUCAGUUUCCUUCAUUAGCUGAAUCAGAUGAGAUGGGGAGGGGAUAAAGUCUUGAGGAUACAUGAGUGGAGGAGCAGGAAGUGGGCUCAGAAGGCACUUUCAUAACCAGAUCCCUCUGUUUGUGGGAGGGCAAGCCUUUGUUGCCCAAGGCUUCAGCUCUCUGCCUGCAAGUCUACACCCCAGGGAGUUGAGAUUUUGCCCAAAGCCUUCCGCAGAGGCCCGAGCCCAUCCUUACCACGCCCCAUCCUCUAGGAAGAGGUCUCCAUCUUCCCCAAACCCCUUUCAGUUUCUGGGGAUGCAGAGAGCUACCCUCAGAGCUUUGGAGGAGGGUUGUAGACUGGGCAGGGAUGGUUUGCCCCACAGACAAGAUGAUCCCCCCUGGCAUGUUGUUAGGGGCAAAUUGCUGUCCUGCUCAGAGUGGCAUCUUUCAAUGUUGCCUCCAUCUUGGCCAAGAGGUCCCUGCCUCCUGAUCCGGCACAGCUGAGCUGAGGCAGAUGUGCCCAGUUUUCAAGCUACCAGCCCUGGGCAGAGGAAGAUGUCAACAAUUCCAGAGCAGAGGGAAGAGGCAACUUCCUUGACCACACCAGUGGCCUCCUGAAGUUCCAUGCUCUUAAGAGCUGGGACCUUGGGAGGAUGAUUCAAACCCCCGAUUCCUGCUCCCUGGGAACUUUUUACCACCUUUACCUAUUUAUCAAAAUCAUAUUCAUCUUUACCAUCACUGUCACUGUAAUCUACAUUCCAUCACCUUUAUCAGGUGCUGCUGAGUACAAAGCACUUGGGAUGGGAGACACAGCACUGAAUUCACAAACAUUGGACCAAACUGCUUGUCCCCAUCUGGGUUCAUGAGGCCACCUCUUUGCUCAAUCCAUGCCUCUUGCCCUCAGUCAACAAGACAUUCCUAGAGGGAAAGGGCUGCUGCUCUGGGAGUCAACCUGAGUUCCUCCCUCCUGGGAAGCUGGGUUGGCAAGAUUCUAGGACACUCACCUGCAUGGACAUCACCUCUGUGACAAAUGCUUACCUGUUUCUCAUCUUCAGACUUGGCGAUAUCAAGCCUGUUCUGGACCAUGACCAGGCUGGCUCAUAUCUCUGGUUUAGAGAAACCUAUGAAUAACUGGGGACAAACAGACUCUUUGGUAGCAGCAGACACAUGUGAUCCAUCAAGAUCAACCAAGGUUGCAACUGGAGCGUCCACUGCCGGAGACCUUUGGUUCUUCAAGCUCGGGACAAAAAAGAAGACUCUGUUGUCCCUUGGUAACCCAGUCCCUGCUUUUGUAGCUAUCACAGCAGAAAGCAACUCUUCCUGAAGACCAAACACUCGUCAUCCACAUUCCUUGAAUGGCCAAUCCUUCCAUCUGGAGGCCUGGCUCAGAAAGUAUCUGAGUAUCCUGACACCCUCUGUGACUCAGGAGCAGGGAUCUCAGGCAGCUGACAUCAAAACCACCCAGCCCCAUCCCCAGGAGGCGACAUUCCAAUGCUAGGACCAAUCCCAGAUAUCUGGUCCCGAUGGUGAAAUGGAACAAAGACCUGCUUGGGAAUAAACCAAAUGAUUUCUCAUGACGUUGAACAUAAGUUCUCCCAAGCCAUCAUCUUGGUAGAAAAUGGGACUUAUUCCUUGACGGGCCCCACCCCCUUCAGAAAGAGGCCCUUGACCCUGAUAGGUUCUCUCUAAAACCCGUAUAUUAACGCAUCUGGCCAACUUGGGUUAUAAAAUUCAGCCUUUUGUUGGCAACUCGAAACAUCACCAGAGAGGUGAUGUUGAAUGAGAGACACAAGGCCUCCAUCUCUUUGGGGCUGACCACAGCCUGAGAAAGAAGGUCUGGGUUCCAGUGGCCAGGCCAUCCCAGAAACAACCCCCAUCCAUCCCUGUAAAUAGAGUCUGUAGCAAAAUAAGAGCUGCUUCCUCCAACUUAUCACAAGUCGCCGUUGGUCCUCUCUAAGGAGGGCUCUCUUCUGAGUUCAUUGUACAAUAGUUGGAAACGUGGUGAUGUGCUGUUCGUUUAUAGAAAGUUGACUUUUUAUAAAUAUAUAUAUAUACUAAAAAAGGAAAGAAAUCCCCCACAGUGUGUGUCGUGCUAGUGCCAGAGACCAUCUGUAGGGAUAUAUCUUCAUAUUGUGUGUUUCAAAUUAUGCAUUCCAGGCUCUAGUGGGUUCUUUCAAUCUUGUUCCUUUAUUUUUUUCAUUUGGUAUUUCUCUCUUGCUAUAUAAAGAAAAAAAGAAGUGAUGUGUAAGAACCAAGCUAUGCUUUUAUACUUCCAUUUUAUACUUGAUUUAGCUUUGUUGUUCAUUUGCCAGAGGAACAUCAAAGGGCAGAGCAAACAGAGAACUAGGGGGAUAAGAGAGAAGAAAAGAAGAAUGGAGAGAGAGGUUUGCCCAGAAGGAAAACGAAGAGUCAGAUUGAAAUCUGACUCUGGCUUGAGAACAGGACAGGUCCCAGAGUUUGACCACUCUGCCAGAAUCCAGUGUUUUAAGAUGGAGUUGGUGAAGCAUCCAAGAUUUUGGAUCCUGGGCCUCAGUGACACUCCAUCACCCAACUAAAAAGAUGUUCUCUGGGACCUCUCUCAGGCUGAUGUUCUUCUCAUCAAGCUCCCGAAUGUGUCUCGCACUAUUGGACACUUUUUGGGGGUACACAGGUCUUCUCUCCUCCCCUCCUGCAGAGGCACCAAAACCAAGACCAAAUGGGGGUUCUCUAGCCGCCAACUUGAAACGCUCUGAGACUUCUGUGUAUUUGAUGCUUCUUCAAGUCAGCUCUGACGUGGCCAAUUCCCUGACCUGGGAAAUAUUUACAUAGUACUCUAGAUCAUUCCUUCUUCCUAGUAACUGCAACUUUGUUGCUUCUGUGUUUGACUCACAGCCACUUUCCCCCAUGCGGAAGUGAGUGGGUGUACGUGAGGGUGUGAGUGGGGUGUGUGCGUGGGUGUGUGGGCGUGAGGUGUGUGUUUAAAUAUAAUCGCACCAUAAUUUAUUCAGCUAUAUGGAGUAGUAGACUAGAAAGAGAAACUGGUAUUUGCUUUAACUACCUGCUGCUUGUAAGCGCUUCCUCUGUAACUCAGGCGUAACUGUUAUACAUUAAAAGAAAUUAAAAGCAUUUUGAAGGUU